AUGCGACAGGUGAAAUGUCGCGAUCAGAAGGGGUCUCGUCUGCGUCAGCGUCAGCAUCAUCAGGAACAGCAACUACGUCAGAUUCAAACACUUCUUCGGACACUACGACCACCACGACAGGGAGAGGUUACCACCACGACAGAGACCACGGUUGCAACUGUCACCACGGCGGCGUCCGAGGAGAACGGACAGAAGAAUGAAGCCGCACAGAAGGAGGCGACCAAGAAGACUCCAAAGGAUAUUCCGGACAAGGGCGUUCAUGGCUCUGCCCCAACCCUUAAGCCAAAGAGGGUCCAUGGGUGGUGCGCCAGGUCCAUGAAUACCACGAGCUCCUCAGCCAGGAGACGCGAGCUGGAAGCUAGAGAAGAAUUAGCACGCAUGGAACUGAAGCAAGCCCAAGCUGCGGCGAAAUUAGCCCGUGUCAGAUUAGCGCUGGCACAGUGUGAAGAGGAGGACUCCGUGGAUGAUGAACAGGAGGACAGAACAGCACAGGUGCAGUACUAG